UGGGUCAACAUACUCGUUCCACACACCCAGGCAUGAUGCAAUUGCAAGGAAACCCACCAAGUCAAGGUGAGUGAUGAGUUCAGUACCUAUAUCAGUGCAAAGAUUUCCCCGCUCAUAACAUAAACUGAUAUCACUCGGACAAAACUAAAAAUAAAAAACAAUACCAGAAAUUUCCCAUGACUCUUACCCCUGCUGCAGCAGUGUUACUGCCCUUCUGCUGGUUGUUCUUCUUCAUGGCAAUCAGCAGCUUCACCUAUGGAAGCCUCGUGCUGGCCUGCCAGCCUACUGAAAGGCGGGCUCUUUUGGAUCUCAAAAAGGGUCUGGUAGACCCUUCCGAUCGGCUCGAGUCAUGGGCUGCUGGCGACUGCUGCAAAUGGUCCGGAGUCAUCUGCCACAAUGUUACGGGCCAUGUCACUGAGCUCCAUCUCGGAGCUGCUGAUUUGCCUCCACUGACGACGUUCAGUGGAGAGAUCAGCCCUUCUCUAGGCGAUCUGAAGCAACUGAGAUACUUGGACUUGAGCAACAACGACUUCUCGGGGUCCUCGGUCCCUGCCUUCCUCGGCUAUCUCGCGAACUUGAGGCUCCUCAAACUCUCCGGGGCAGGAUUCGUUGGGACGAUCCCUGCCCAGCUCGGGAACCUCUCCCGUCUAAGGUACCUGAACUUGCAACCUAACUAUGGAGGAAACCUCACUGUCCAACAAUUCGACUGGAUUUCGGGUCUGUCUUCCUUGGAAUUCUUGGAUUUGAGCUAUGUGGAUCUCAGUAGAGCCUCGAAUUGGCUUACUGUGGUGAACAAGCUUCAUUUCCUCCAAGAACUCCACUUGUCAAACUGCAGGCUUCGUUCGAUUCCCAGCUUCCUCAAGAAUGUCAACUUUUCGUCGCUUUCUCUUCUUGAUCUUUCCUAUAACAACUUUGAUGACCCUUUGUUCCCGAGCUGGACCUUCUAUCUCCAUUCUUUGACAACCCUCACUCUCGCAAACAACCGGUUUCGUGGUCCGAUUCCUGAGGGUCUCCACAACAUGACUUCCCUCAGGCAACUUGACCUGUCCUGGAACCAAUUCACCUCCUUGGAACCAAACUGCUUUCUUGGGUUGAACCAUCUUCAGCUUCUCAACCUUGCGCAGAACGGGUUGGAAGGAGAAAUCUUUUCAGGUGCUAUGCAAAACAUGACUUCUCUCGUAGACCUGGAUUUGUCGUCCAACGAUAGGCUCGAGUCUCGGGUUGGGAUUCCAGGCUACUUCAGAAAUUUUUGCAGCCUGAGGACUGUAACUCUGUCAGGGGUCAAUUUAAGGCAGGAGGUUGAUGAAGCUCUCAGGGUUCUUUCAGGAUGCCCUGCAAGAACUUUAGAGUCUAUCAGGCUUUCUAACUGUCAACUGUUUGGUCACCUGAUUAACAUUCCUUUCAGAAACUUUCAGAAGCUAGACACUCUAUCCUUGUCAAGAAACAUAAUUGCAGGUCAAAUUCCAGCGUCUUUGACCGAUCUUGCAUCUUUGAGAUACCUUGAGAUUUUCAGCAACAAGUUGGAAGGGCCUCUUCCUUUAGGUAUUGGAAGCCUCUCACAGUUAGAAUCCAUUGACAUCUCAGAGAAUUCAUUGGAAGGUGAUGUUGAGGAAUCUCAUUUCCACAACUUCACAAAGCUGUGGCUUUUCCAAGCAUCAGGAAACAGACUGAGCUUGAAAGUUGGUCCCCGGUGGACACCUCCACCACAGAUAGAGAUUCUGGGGAUGGGAUUCUGGCAUUUGGGACCUCAGUUUCCCGCUUGGAUCCGCUCAUUGAAGCUUUUGACAGAGCUCAACAUGUCGAGCUCAGGAAUUUCGAGCUCCAUACCUUCUUGGUUGUUCUUCAACUCACACUUCUACAGCAUCGAUCUCAGCUCGAAUCUUUUGAAUGGUCCGUUGCCAAACAUCUAUCCUUUCAUGAGUAUUUUAGACCUUUCCAACAAUUCGCUGUCUGGAUCUCUAUCAGACUUCCUGUGUUACAAACCGGAUGAAGAGAAAACCAUGCAAGUGAUGAACCUUGGAGCAAAUGAGUUCCAUGGAGAGAUUCCUGAUUGCUGGAGGAGUUGGAAGUUCCUGGAGGCCAUAAAGUUGAGCAGCAACAAGUUUCAAGGUAAAAUCCCUCCAUCACUAGGAGCACUCGCAUUCCUCCAGUCACUUCACCUUCGAAACAACAAUCUCUCUGGAGAAAUCCCACCAUCACUUGCAAACAGUACCAAGAUGGUGGCCCUUGACUUCAGCAGAAACAAUUUGGAAGGAAGCCUUCCAGCUUGGAUAGGUGGUGGGUUUUCAGGAAUGAUGAUUCUCAACCUGAGGGACAACAAGUUCCAUGGUCAGAUACCGAAGGAGCUUUGCCUGGCGAACUCCUUACGCAUUCUGGACCUUGCUGACAAUAAUCUCACUGGUGAAAUACCCAGAUGUUUCAACAACUUCACUGCAAUGGUUCAAAUGAAUGAUUCCGAGGGUGUCAUCCAGCUGAGCUACAAUGGCACAGGCCCAUUCUUCGAGACAGCAGUGGUUGUGAUCAAAGGGAAGUUGUAUGAAUAUGGCUCCAUCCUCAAAUUUGUGAGAAGCAUUGACCUGUCAAGGAACAAAUUAGUUGGGAAGGUGCCCGAAGAGAUUACGAGACUUGGAGGUUUGCAGUCUCUAAAUCUGUCAGAUAAUUCCCUCACAGGAGACAUCCCUCGAGACAUAGGAUCCAUGAGAUCCCUGGAAUCGAUCGACCUUUCUCUCAACCAAAUCUCUGGUGAAAUCCCUCCAAGCAUGUCUGGGAUGACAUUUCUGAGCUUUCUGAACUUCUCCUCCAACAGAUUGAGUGGCAGGAUUCCUUCCAGCACUCAACUGCAGAGCCUGAACUCCUCCAGUUUUGCUGGAAAUAAGGACCUCUGCGGUCUUCCACUUGCGAAGAAUUGCACCAGAGACCGAGUUACUGAUGAAAGCGGUGGAAAUGGGAGGGAUGAGCCUGAUGAAGGGGAUGGGAGUGGCUCGGAAUUUAAAUGGUUUUAUGUCAGCUUGGCACUUGGUUUCAUAGUGGGCUUUUGGGGUGUGGUGGGUUCCGUUGUACUCAAUAAGCAGUGGAGGUAUGGCUACUUUCAUUUUGUGGAUCUUCUGUGGGACAAAUUAUGUUGCCGCUACUGACCUUUCUCUGCAGAAAGCUGGCAAAGGGAAUCUGUGUUUGCUCCUCAUGAAGCUAACAGUCACUUGCAGACAAUAGGUUCUAGCCUUGCUGCAAGCCAGACACUUUGUGCUGUGUCCAACAUUGUACUUGUAGCUUAGUAAUUAUAGUAAACUCACUGCGCAAUCAAGUUAAAAAUACCUCAGGUGAUUUUUUGCUACUAAACCAGCAUUUCCUGAGAACUGGAGCUGGAGCUUUUUUUAUUUGCAUUAGUUCUUGAAUUCCCAUCUGGUUCAUCCUAUGAAAGAGAAAGGAAGAAAUUGCAUUAGAAAUCGAGAGAAUGAUAUUCAAUGCAGUGGCUAGUGAACAAAACCAGAAGUAGCAAGAAAAGCAGAAAUGUGUAUUUAGUUAGCUGACAUUAAUGCAAGACAGCAGAUAUGAUGUUUUCAAGUUGGUUCAUUUUGAAUCCAUUUCUCAUUCAUGUGGUAAUCAGCCAGAUGGCUAAUAGGAUCAGAUUUUUCUCUGCGUCCAGAUUUUCGUCUUCCACCUUGAUAUUGGAGACGUUCCCAAGUUGAUGAGGAAUGACACCUCAAAAAUACAGCACCAUCAAGCUAAAGAUGAUGUAAACUACUCAUACAGCCAAGAAAACUUGGAACAGGAA